GAGCGAUCGAGUGAAUACAACAAUUAUAAUAUUGUGGAAAUAUAUAACAAAUUGGACGGCAAGAAACGCCCAUAACGAGUGUUACAACGCGCCUAAUAUUUUAUUAUUAGGCAGCCGUUUAAAAUAAAACUACAUUAACUUUAAAAAUAUUGUGUAACUACGUACACAUUUACAUUGUACUACGUUAUAAUAUGCGACUAAUGUAAUUUCGAUCGUUCCGAUGAUAAUAUUUAAUUUAUUAUUACUCGUAUGAUUCGCUUGCCAAACCGUGAACGUCAUUAAAGUUUAUAUUUUCAUCGAGCAUUUGACGUCGGUGAAUUGUAUUCCCGGUGGGCGUAAAUGCCUAAUAAAAUAAUACACAUAUAGGCAUAAGUCACCUAUAGUACGUUGACGUCGUUUUGAAUCUCAGCACGCGAGGGCGGUGUACAUUUUUAAAGCCAUCAUAUUAUAUUAUUCAGCCCUCGGAAUUAAACUAUUAUCUGUGUAGGUAAUUGUUAUUUUUUCAAUCAAAAUUACAAUGUCAGUAGAGGUCUCGAGGAAAUAUUGUUUCGGUCUCGUCGACAUACGCUGUGGUAUCAAAAUUAUAGCUAUACUGAACAUAUGUGUUUGGUUGUUAGCCAUCAUAUUGAAUUUAUUUUUUUUGAUAGUCAUACUUGAAUCAAAGGUUCAUUUAUUUUCCUCAGAUAAUGGAGUCGAAGAAAACACAAACAAUGGAAUACAAGGCAUAUAUGGUGUAUUAAGUUCAUCAUUUAUGGAAGUUGUUCUUCUUUACUUCAACCUUUGUCUGAAGAAAUCAGUGUAUGAAAAAAAUGUUCAAAAUAUCAAGCAUUGGUUGGUUAUGUAUUCAAUGGUUUUAAUACAUAUACUCAUUUACUAUAUUUGUGCAGCAUUCGUAUCUAAUGAACCACUGUUUUUGUUGGGUAUUGGACUUAUCUCCAGUCUGAUCGUUUUGUUCAUGUUGUACAUUGUGAGACGUUUUUACUAUGACGAACUUGGACAUUCGGUGGUCCAAGACAAUACUACAAAUGGCAACAUAAUGAUUCCACCACAAUCCACAUGAAUACGAUAUUUCACGUGUUUACGGAUUUACAAUGGAACCAACAACUAGAGUCCAGAUGUAGUUAGACCAUUAAUAUGCAUGCUGCUAGAUACACAAAAUAAGUAAUACUUAUUAUUACAAAUGUCACACAAUAUUUGUACUUUAUAGUGAUUAUUUUAAUUCGGUAUUUUUAAUAAUUAAUAAAUCGUAUAAAAUAUAAAUAGGUAGUAUAUAAAAAGAUUCACUUUUUUUUAAUUGUUAUAUACAAGUUCACAUAAAACUAUAAUAAUUACUGUCUUAUAUUAUACUUAAAUAGUAUUUAUAAAUAGGUAAUAAAUAAUAAUAAAUAACAAAGCACACGAGGAAAACAUUCAUUGUAGAAUAAUACCUCAAUAUAAUAUUAUAAUAGAUUCAUAAAAAUUACCUUGAUUAAAAAAAGCUAAUAAUAUUAUAGUUGUAUACAUACGCAACUAUACAAAUACACAUAAAAGUUACACAUUUUAGCUGUAAAUUAGUGCAGUGAUUUUUAGAAAUAUCUGUCAAUUAUGAUUUUACGAUUGGGAUGAUUUAUCCGUGACGAAUCCAAAUCUAAUUAAAAAAAAUUAAUUAUUCAAAUCAUUUUUAAAGUAAUUCUGAUAAAGCCUAUAGUUGGUGGUAUACCAAGUAGGUACUUAAUAUUUUUGGUUAAUUUUUAGCAUUAAUGUUAAAUACUAGUAUUAUAAUUUAUUUUGUUCCACUAACAUAGGAAAAUCUAAAAUGACACUAGUGCCACACCACUAAGAAAGAUUUCGUAAUUAUUUAGCUUCUUGCGUGUUUUUGCAAUGAAAUUAGGAUAUUUUUAGCAAGAAUAAUAUAAAUUUAUAUAAGUUGGACAUUAUACUGAGAUGACAAUUGAAAUAAAGUAUAGCUUAUAAACGAAGUGGUUGGUUUUUUCAAUUUAUAUGAUCUAACUGUAUGGACAUAUGGUUGAUUAAAACUUUUGAUUCUUACAUAGUACUAUAUAAUACUAUUAUAUUAAAAACUGAAAUCACGCCAUUGACUAUUGUACCUACUUAAUAUUAUUUCAUAUUGUGGUGAUUGGUUCAUCAACCAUGAACCAAGUCGUGUGAAGGAAUCAUCGAUGAAGUAAUUCAGGUAAAUACUAAGCACGAUAGUAAAUGAUCAUAAACUAAUAUUAUACCAUUACCACAUACGUGUAUUAUUAUAAUAGAUACUAUUAUGUCAAAAAAUACUAAAAUGUAUACUAUGGCAGAAUAGUACAAUAUGUUUAUAAAUUCAUAUAAGUCAUAUUAUUAUGACUAAGUUUAAAUUUUAUUUUAAUCAAAAAUAAUCAUUAAGUAUGUGGUGUCAAAAGCACAAUAUAUACUGACAACAAGUGGCUAAAAUAAAAUGUAUCGAAGUAUACCAUAUAAUAUGCAGUAAAAAUCAUAAAAAUAUGCUUUAAAUAUGCAAGAUAUUUUUUUUAUUUUUAAUUAUAUAGAAUUCACAAAUUAAACAUCUUACACAACAAUAAUUAAUUACUUAAAUAAACUAAGUAGGUACAUAAAAAAUUUU